CAGUACGAACUUGGCACGACGCUGACUGCUAAAAGUAAUACUCGAUACUUGAUAUACCCUAGAUUAAUCGCCAGUGACGCAAUGACCACCUCCGCUCUCCGCUCUCCCAUCAUGAUGACGGAAAGCUUCCUGCUCCUACUGGUCCUGGGCCUGCUGAGCCUGCGAAUGCCAACAGUGACCGCCAUCGAUUGCUACGUGUGCGACACGAGCGACACACAGCACCCGUUCCAGUGCGGCGAAUGGUUCGAGCGUUACGACGAGCCGGAUAUCCAGCCCCAGAACUGUUCCAGCGUUCAUGGCGCCCAGUUUUGUGUGAAGCAUGUGGGUCGCUUCGAGGGCGGCAUUGGGGCCAAGCGUUUCUGCAGCUCCAAGGAUCUGGGCAACUAUUGCGAUUAUGUCCGGAAUAAGGGCGACCGCAUGGAUUACCGUAGUUGCAUCUACACGUGCGACACGGACGGUUGCAAUGCAGCCGCUACGGUGGGCAACGGUAUAUGGGGUGUGGUCGUUGCAGCAACAGCGGCGCUCCUCACUCUCACUCUCACUUCAUUGGCGCGGUGAGAGAGAUGGAGAGAGCGUGAGAGCGGGACAAUCAAUCAACAAAAGCUUUGUAAACAACACACUGAAUGCCGCAUCACAGUUUUUUUUUUUCAUAGCCC